UUUCGUUUUCUCAGCACACGCAUAAAGCGCGCGCGUUUUGUAACGCUGUCUCCAGUUGCCAGGUCCGCGACUGCUCGAGAAGAAUAAGAAACCUCUCAUCUCUUGCUCUCUCUUCUUCCUGGUGCUUGGCAGCGUGAAGUGGCAGAAAUGCAGAAAAUUGUCGAAUGCGUACCGAAUUUCAGCGAGGGUCGCAACAAGACGAUCAUCGAUGCUAUCGCAGAGGCGAUUCGGUCAACGCAGGGCGUGACCCUUCUGGACGUGGAUCCUGGCCCGUCCACCAACCGCACCGUGUAUACCUUCGUCGGCGAUCCGGACGCAGUGAUCGAGGGUGCGCUCAAUGCUGCAAGGGUGGCCUACCAGCUGAUCGAUAUGGCAAAGCAUACGGGUGAACACCCGCGUCUGGGCGCCAUGGACGUGUGUCCUUUUGUGCCGGUCCGCGGAGUCGAACCGGAAGAGUGCGUUUUCUGCGCCACCCGUCUCGCUGAAAAACUUUCCGCCGAGCUGAAAGUGCCCGUUUACCUGUACGGGUCAGCCGCCAGGAGAGGGAAACACCGCGUCACCGUGCCCCAGAUUCGGGCCGGUGAGUACGAGGCACUUUCGGAAAAGCUGGAAAAACCGGAAUGGGAGCCGGACUACGGACCACGUACCUUUGUCAGUCAAUGGGGAGCUACCAUGGUCGGCGUGCGACCUUUCCUCCUGGCAUACAACAUCAAUAUUUUGGGCACAAAGGAGCAAGCCCACAGGAUUGCAUUGAACAUCAGGGAGCAGGGUCGCGGCGCAGGACAGCCAGGACGACUGAAGGCCGUGCAGGGCAUGGGCUGGUGGCUGGAUGAAGCCAAUCUGGCGCAGGUCUCGCUCAACAUCACCAACCAUAAAAUCACCCCUCUCCACGUCGCUUUUAACGAGGUGGUGAAGGAGUCGGAGGAGCUGAGGGUGGGAGUCGCCGGCUCCGAGUUGGUGGGGCUGGUGCCGCUCGAGGCCCUUUUGCAGGCGGCCGACUUCUUCAUGCAAAAAGAAGGCCUCAUGAUUCUCGAAGAGGACCAGAAAGUGCGGUUGGCCGUCUCCAGGCUUGGACUCAGCUCCAUCAGUCCUUUCGAUCCAAAGGAGAGGGUGAUUGAGUACCGACUGCCCGUCCCCGCCGCCCCCCUCACCGCCCUCUCGCUGCGGGGCUUCGUGGAGGCGGUCGGCGCCCGCACCCCCGCCCCUGGGGGUGGCUCUGUCUCCGCUCUCCUCGGAUCGCUCGGCAGCGGCUUGGCGACGAUGUGUGGCCUGAUGACCUUUGGCCGAAAACAGUGGGACCACCUCGACCAGACCAUGCGCAAAAUUUUGCCUGAGACGCACGACGCUAUGAAAAGCCUAAUUCCGAUGAUCGACUCUGACUCGGAUGCUUUCAACCAGUACAUGGCCGCGAGCAAAAUGCCCAAGUCGUCCACGGAGGAAGCAGCAGCGCGGGAUAGGGCCCUGACGGCCGCGCUCGACCGAGCCAUUCAGGUGCCUCUUGACGUGGCAAAUCUAGCCAACAACACGUGGCCUGCUGUGAUCGAAACGGCCAAAGUGUGCAACAUCCAAACCGCUUCAGACAUGCAGGUAGCAGCAAGGUGCCUGGAGGCGAGUGUGGCUGGUGCCUGGUCUAACGUGCUGAUAAAUCUGGGUUCUCUGUCCCCCAACGACCAGCGUCGGACUUCGCUCAAACUGUUGGCUGCGGACGAAAUGAAGAAAGCUGCUGACAAUUGCAAACUUGUGCUUGACAUAAUGCAAGAGAGAAUGGAAACGACGCAAUAGAUUUUUACGCAUUGUCAAUGUUUAAACUCUAUAUAUGUGUGACCCUAAAUAAAUAACCGCAGAGGUUAAAAAAGAUGAAAAAAGUUAGAUCUAUUUGAAAACCAAGCAACUAAAAAAUGUCAAAAUCUGGAAAAUUUUGAGGAUCAUCAAAUAAUGUAAUCCUUGAAAAGUAAACUAGCAAAAAAUAUUCAGGUUUUUGUUUAAAUAUUUUGUUUUAGUUUGUCCUUAAAAGAUUAAUGAAGAUUUUGGCUUUAAAAUUUUGUAUUUUACGAAUGGAGCAGCUCUAUUUGAACACUAACUAAAUACACAAAUAAGUAAUUUGCUAUUAUAAAUCUGUUUAAAAAGAUCAAAUGUUAAUUCUAUAUUUUGUUAACGAACUUUUUUAUUAAACAAUAUCGCAAUUUUCAUAAUGAGGUUUGCUUCCGUUCCGAAUUUCGUCCGCUUUAAAAAUCAUCCUACCGCGUCACAAUUUAGCCAGGCUAAAUAGCUUACGGCCAAAAAUCUGGCUCGCAUCGUGCCAGCAGCCAAAAUUGAUAAUCCAACGCUUUCUGAAAAAUUCACGUACAUUGCGUGAAUAGCAGCCGUUGCCGCCGUUUUUAAUAUUACGAGAGGAAAGUUUCCCAAUUUGGAUAAAAUACUACAUGUACAUCGACUGGCACUCUGGAUGCUCAACGAAAAUUCUGCAUUUUGCUGCCUUACACGUACACAUCGGGUCGGCUGGUGUGGUGCACGCUGAGCUGAAUGGCUGCAGAUCAAAGGCAGAGAGAGGAUUUCGGCACAUGUAGGGCUUUUGCUUAUUUAGCAGCAGACCCUUCCAAAAUUCACGCCGAUGUCGCAUUAAAAUCGCACCAGCUUUGCUUCGGCCCUGAUUCAUUAUUCAAAUAUGCGACUGAUACGCGCGGUGCCAAUUUGCCCUCCUGAUGACGUGUGAAGCAGCCAAAAUGAUUUUUGCCAAGCCACGUGUUCACUCUUCAAAAACAUUCAAAUUGCUCUGGGAGUGCGACUAGGGCUUGCUGACGCACUGAUAAUGCCGCAAGGGAAAAUGAUCGAUUUCUAUCCUAUCAAAAAUCACACAAACAGCCGACUUCAUCAAUAAAGCAGUUGUUUAUAAUGCUA